AACUUUCAUAAAAAAGUUAAGGAUAUUAGAAAAACAAAUGUAGCAUACAAGUCAUAAUAUAAACAUCAAACUAAAAAAUUGAAUGUGUUUGAAAAAUUCUUCAAACUACUAGAAGCACCUGCAUCAUCUUCUUCAAAAUUUUCAAAGUAAACACGGACGAAGAAAGGGAGGGGUUAGGAACUGAGAAAAGAAAAAACAAAACUCCUACAGUCCUACAACUAUGAUUCUAAUAAGCUUUUUACACAACCUGCCAUGAAGAAAAAUAUUCUAUAUAUAGCAUAAUCUUGUUCCUUAGCUCUAAGCCUCUCAGCUGUCCUAUAAAUUUCACCUGCAACUUUGGUAACAAAUCGACUGUAUCUAACUUGUAUUCUCUCAUUUACAUAAUAAUCAAACAAUAAUCAAUGGCUUCCUCCAGUCUAAUAGCAUUUGCAGCUCUACUUCUAAUCUCUCUCGCAACCACUGCUUUCGGAGAUUCAGAAAUUUGCAGUCAGGUAAGUUGCGGGAAAGGAACGUGCAAAUCAAAACCAGACUAUAUACCACAUGGUUUCACUUGUGAAUGUGAUUCAGGUUGGAGAAGAACACGUCUAUCAGACAAUGAGGAACAAUAUCUCCAAUUUCUUCCAUGUAUAAUACCAAAUUGUUCUAUAAACUACUCCUGCAUGCCAGCUGCUGCUCCAUUGCCACCCAUCCCCACAAAGCCAUUUGACACCGCUAUCUUUAAUCCUUGCUAUUGGGUCUACUGUGGCGAAGGGACAUGCACAAACUCAUCAGACUACAAGCAUUCGUGUGAAUGUCAACCAGGAUCCUAUAAUCUCUUCAACGUGUCACACUUCCCAUGUUACAGUGACUGUGCUUUCGGAUCUGAUUGCUCUAAGCUAGGAAUCAAUGUAACAAGUAAUUCAAAGACAUCUGUUACAGGUUCUAGUUCAAGUAUCAAUCAGAUUUCAAGAAGUGAAAACCAUGGGAUGCGAUCCUGGAAGCUCAACUGGAUUGUUAUAACAGUGAUAUCUCUGGCUGUGAUAUUAUGGCAAUGAUGUUUCUCAGCCACCGUCGAUUAUGAUUUUUUUAUUAUGAUACUCAUAUUCUUCCCCACAACCACCCCCUCCCCCAACACACACACACACACAACACAUACAUAGAAUCAAAGAGAGAGUGGCAGCAUAUAUGAGGUGAUGCUUAUACAAUCUGUUACUGCUGCUACUUUCAGCAAUUAACAUUAUUUGUGAAGUCCCAAUUUGUACCACUAUUGUUGCAGUUAAUAAAGGUUUAUGUACUGUUAGUCUACUUUCACUUUUAGUCCAUUAGUAUGGGUAAGUGGGUAACCUUAUAAUAAUAUUAGUAUUGCCAUUUUCAGAAUGUUAAAUUUUAAC